AUCUCCCUCCAAGCUUCUCGCGCCUCAACCACCGCAACAAUGCCUCCCUUCCGCGACGAACACAUUCUAAUAAUAGCGCCCGGUUCACAAACCACUCUUGCGCAGCUGGGGCUCCCCGAAUCGUUCACGCCGGCUGCGCAUCGAUUUCCGACGCGUAUGUUUCCUGCGCCGGAUGGGAAGACGUAUGAGCCCUACAACGUGAAGGUGCAGACGAGGAAAAAGGAGGAUGUGGAAAUGAAGGAGGGUGGUGGGGAAGGGGGAGAAGGAGACGAGGAGGAGGAGUUCGUGGAGUUGCCAGAGGAUGAAGAGGGGGCUGUUUUUCCAUUAAAAGAGGGCAGAAUCGCAGACAUGCCGGCAUUCUUUGCACUCCUACAGCAUAUCCAUACUACACUCCAACCAAUCCUCCAUACACCCAUCAUGUUAAUUGCGCAACCCUCUUGGACGGCCAAGAACCACGAAGACCUCACUGCCUUCAUUUUCGAGAAGUUUAAGACGCCCGCAUUAUGUAUCAUGGACAGCGCGUUAGCUACUUCAUAUGCGUUUGGCAUUGCGAAUGCGACAAUCGUUGAUGUUGGAUAUGAGAAAGUCGAUGUUACAGCUAUCACGGAUUACCAGAUUGGAGGGCGAGGGUGUGUUCCCAGUUCCGGUGGGAACGGCAUGACGAAGCGGCUGGUGGAAUUACUAAAGUCAAAGGAUUUCACCCAUGAUAUGGCGGAGCAGCUUAAGAAGAGUCCUAUCUGCGAGGUCCUAGCACCAGGCGUUCCAAUGCCAGGCACUGAAGCCGCGGAGGAAGUAAUCAGUAAUCCCGCGGCAGCAGCAUCUACAGGCGCUACGGCUUCAGGCCCUACUGUUAAGAUCACAGAGGCGCCGAGGGGACCGGGGCCUGAUACGGAGGUUGGAGAGGAAGGAGGAGAUGCCGAUGAUGUUGAUGUUGAUAAAGCAAUGGAGGACGAUGGUGUACUAGAUAUUGCUACUAUUGUCACGAGUGGCAAGACGCAGGAUUUCUUAGCGAAGAAGGAGAAAGAGAAGGCGGAACGAGCAGCGGUUCGGAAGGCGACGAAGGAACGUGAGGCUGCCGAAGCUGCUGCUGCGAGGCCUCUAAGGUUACCGAACUCAAAGAGAUCAAGAGCCAUGUUCCAUUAUGAGGAGUUGAUAAAAGAGCCAGCUGCGAAGCGCCAAAAGACACCUGAGCCUGUCUCAGCCAUUCCAGCAGAAGAGCCCGCUCCAGCCGAACCCAAAGCCGAUGAAGAACUCACAUCAGCAAUCGAAGCCCCCGCAGCCGGCGAAGGUCAAAAGAAAAGCAACCGCCGCAAGCUCUGGGAAGAGGAAAAUCCCGACCGAUCGCGCCGCGACAUCGAAAUCGGGCUCGAGCGAUUCCUCGCCGCAGACCCCGCCUACCUCGAUAGGAUCGCCGACACUAUCUACCGCACCAUCCUGUCAGUAGACGACAUCAGCAAACGCCAAGACGCAUGGGAUGCUCUAGUCAUCUGUGGCUGCGGUUCCAAGGUCCGCGGCUUCAAGGACGCCUUGCUCCAGACGCUGAACCAUCGGUACCUAGUGAGCCCCAGCUCAGCGACAAUGUUCAUGAGCGAGCUACCCAGCAACCUCGCCACCCCAUCCGGCACAGGCUCCAUGACGCCCAACGCCUCAUUCUCCUCGACGCCCCACGCCCCGCCUACAGCCAGCGCCGUGAACCCCCUCCUCCUCGCCGCUACCACGGCCUCGAACCCUGCUCUCAACCCCGGUCUGCAAGCCAGCGCUUCGUACGCAGGCAGUGUGCACCAACACUCCAGCCACAGCCAGAGUCCGACUAGUAUCAAAACAGCUAGUCCGCCGACCUACUUCUCCGAGUGGAAACAGUACGAGGAGGCUGUGUUUCUGGGCAGCCAGGUUGCAGCCAAGGUUAUCUUUGUCGUAGAUCAGGGGCUCAGUAAGGGCUUUUUGAGCCGGACCGAGUUCAAUGAAGAUGGGCCGGGUGGGAUACAUCAGGUGUAA